AUGGCAGACUUGAGGCAAAAAUACUGGGUUAUAUGUGGCAAUGCAACUGUGCGCUCCAUCAUCAAAGAAUGUGUUACAUGCAAAAGGUUGGCCACUCACCCAUUGACACAGCUAAUGGCUGAUCUUCCUGCACCUAGAGUCAAUCCAGAAGUGCUUGACACAAUGGACUCCAGCUCCUGUAUCAACGUGUUAAGAAGGCUCCAGGCGCGUCGUGAGCAAGUGAAGCUCAUAUGGUCUGAUAAUGGGACCAACACGACAAGUGCAUACUGCGAGUUACGCCAAUGCCUUCAAGAGCUUAAUGAAAGGGCCAUCAAAUAUGCCAUGGUGCUGCAGGGGGUGGAGUGGUACUUCAACCCUCCUCAUGCCUCUCAUUUCGGGGGUGUGUGGGAGAGAGAGAUUCGCACCUUCCGUCACACUCUUGCUGGCAUCUGUAAUCAACAACUCAUGAAUGAUGACACCCUCCACACCUUUUGUGAGGUUGAGGCAAUCGUCAACAGCCAUCCACUCACUAGAGUUAAUGAUGAUCCCAACUGCCUGCAGCCGCUUACCCCGAAUUUCAUGCUCACACUCAGGGAAUCUCCAGCACCGGUGACAGAGACAGAUCCAAAUGAUGUUUAUGCUCGACAGCGCUGGUGUCAAGUACAGUACUUGGCAGAUCUCUUCUGGCAGCAAUGGACCAAGGAAUAUCUGCCGAUGCUUCAGAGUCGCCAGAGGUGGACAGCAAAACAUCGCAACCUCAAGGAAGGAGAUAUCAUGUUGGCCAUGGAAGAUCCACUCCCUAGGGGGUCAUGGCCUUUGGGAAGAGCACUUCAGGUUCACCGGGACACUCGUGGCAAUGUCAGGAGUAAUAAGCUUAAGAUGGUCAACCGAGAGCACUUGAGGCCUACCAGUAAAAUGUGCCUCCUGCUUGAGAGUGAUAUUGGCAAAGUGUAA